AUGGAAUUGUUUGACUAUUUGGACACAAUUGACCAUGAUGGUAAAUUAUCAUUGGAUGAAUUUCGACAACUAUUUCCAUCAUUGUUUUAUUCAGUGAAAACAAAAACAAGUUAUAAAAAUGAUAAAAUUGAAUCAUUAAUUACUUCACUAUUAAAGUUAACAAAACAAGAUUAUGUUGAUAAAACAAGAUUUAAUUUUAUAUGGGAUAAAUGGAUACAGGUCAUAUUAAAACCAAAAACAGCAUUAAUUAUAGUAGACAUGCAAAAUGAUUUUGUGGAUAUCAACGGAACAAUGCAUAACCCGGAGGCAUAUCAAGUGGUGGAAGUCAUCAACCAAUUGAUCCAAAACGUCUUGUUUGAUGUCGUAGUCUAUACCUAUGACUGGCAUCCGGCAAAUCAUUGCUCAUUUGUCGAGAGUGUACACAAUCGUAGUAUUCAUAGACCUAUUAAGUAUACCAUUCCUCCCGGUAAGUCACCAGAAGAGCUCAAGUAUGGCGAUCAAGUAGUUUAUGAAAAAUAUCCCGAUAUUAAGCAACAUUUGUGGUACAAACACUGCGUUCAAAAUACUACCGGUGCUGACUUAUAUGGUCAACUUAUUAAAACUAAAAAUAACUUUACUAUACCAAAAGGUACCGAUCCUGAUAUCGAUAGCUAUUCAGCAUUUGCCGAUAAUGGCCACAAUAAGUCAUCGAGAAAGCAAACAUCACUACAUAAUGAUCUUCAAAAUAGAAAUAUCACAGAUAUCUAUUUAACGGGAGUAUUGUAUGAUUAUUGUGUGGGUUAUACAGCAUUGGAUGGACUUGAAAAAAAUUACCGAACGGUUCUCAUUGAAGACUGUAUUAAAGGCAAAGACAAUAAUACAAUCGAUGCUAUGAAACAAACUUUAAUUACAAAAUAUGCAAAUUUGGUUCAGUCCUAUCAGGUGUCAGAUAUAGUCGACGCCACCGACAGAAAACCUGAGAUGAGCUAUAAGUUAGCCGAAAAAGUGUUUAAAUAA